AUGGAUUAUAUUGGAGCAGAAAAUAGUAGCCUCGAGCCGAUACCUAGCUCUGCUAGAAAGAAUGGCGCUAGUCCACAGUUUCUGAGUUUGGUUGCUUCGGCCGUACUCGAGGAUCGCUCGCAAAGCAUUGUGGAAAGUUUCGUCCGGGAUAAUCGUUUUCGCAAGAAAAAUAUUCCGUUGAAUUAUGCCGAAGAUAAGGAACGAAUUCGUAUCUGUUUGAAUAAUGCGGAUAAACGGAUUGCCGAGCUUAUGCGCGAUGGGUUGGAGCUUAUCGAGGAUGUCCGCGUGGCGAGCGAUAGGCAUGAGGUCGAGCGUCGCGUGGCCGAGGCCGAUAUUAAAGAGAAUCUUCUCAGCAAAAUUCACGCGGAGUCGGUGGAUUCCAUUUCCAAAUUCCAAACUACAUACGAGAAGUGGACCGAAAUCAAGGAGCUGAAGGAUCCGAUGAUGAUGAACGAUGAGCUGCAGCUGCAGAAGAAUCGUGUCGAGGAGUUGCUCAAACAGAAGGAUCUUAUCAUCACCGAGUGUCGCAAGGAGCUACUUGCGGCGGAUGAACGCUAUGCUAAGGAUAUUCGCAAACAGAUUGUAGACAUUCAAAGCUUGGUUCAUCGCGCCGAUACGGAAGUGGAAGCCAUGAAGAGCAUCCUGAAGGAAAAUCUAGAUCUUAUUCAGGGAACAGUGGAGGAGGAAAGGAUAAUUCUGCAAAAUGCUGCCAAUUUCAACUGGAACGACGUGUACGCGAAGCGAGCCACCAACGAGCGCAUCAAAGUUAAGCAAAAGAAGGAGCGGCUGCUUGCCAAUCUGACGGAGAUUGAGCAAAUCGAGCUAGACUAUGUGGAAACGACGCGCGCUACAAGAAUCAAGCUCGACAAGGACACUCAGGCGCUCGCGAUCGAGUUACAGAAGAUCAAGACGAACACAACGCUCAACUCGGAGAAGCUGGACUACAGUUUUCAGGUUCUGAAGAAACGGGAGGAUGAAAAUUUGAUGGUCAAGAAUGCCCAGAAACGUCGGCUGGCGAAACUGCACGAAACUAUCUUCACGCUGCGUAACAAACUGCGCGACACUAAGAGCACCUACUAUAUCGAGACGGAAAAGAUGGCUAAAAUGAUCGAGAAGCUUCACCAUAGCGUCGAGCAUAUUCACAGUAAACUUGAAUGUUCCAAGAAGGCCUACGAUAAGAGGGUGCGCUCCAUUUGGAAUAUGAACCGGGAUGAAUGCUUCGAGAUCAUCCAGAGUAUUUCAGCGAUCGAUAAGAUCCUGGUCGAACAGCAUCUCAACCGAAAGUGGGUGAACAAUUUGAGCCUCAUCUCUGAAGUGUUGCUGCAGUAUGAUCCAUUGUGCACUCCGAAACUCCCUAGUACAGCAAGAACAAAACGCAGCCUUACAAGUGGAAAGGACGAACCAUCGAACGAUUUUCCUAUGCUCGAGUCGCUGCUGAAACAAACGCGCUUUUUGAAUGACAAAAAGCUAGAUACGACCUUACAGGAACAGCAACUGGAUAGCUGCGGACUGACGCUCAUCUGCUUGGACAAUGUACUGAACGCCCUCGGCAUCCACAGCAUUGACGGUAUCCGUGGUCUGCAAUCAACGCAACAGGCAGCACAUAAGCUACCGUACGACGAAGAGGGUACUAGCUCGGGGGAGGCGUCCCAGACUGAAAAGGAGGAUACGGAGCUGGGCAAUAGGGCACUGACAACGUCGCGGGAUCUACUAGCACUGAAGAUGUUCUAUCAGGACGAUGAUGAAACCGUUCACUCGGCGGGCGAACCAAAACCGGACACAAAACCAACCCUUACCGACACGCGCAAGUUUUGGGACUCCUUCAAGAACAUCUUUUUGCCGACCCAAAUCAAGAUGUGGAACACAAUGGAAGAAAGCUUGAGCAAGUAUCUUCAAGUUCUUCGCGAGCGGCAAACGCUUGAUGAGGAGUGUAGCUUUCUGCGCAAACAGAACCAAGAGCUGCAGCAUAUAAUGCAAAAGAUGCUCAUCAAACCGAUGGGAGACGAUUAUUGA